AUGGCCAUCUCGUUUUAUAGUGUAGUGUUAUGGCUACAAUGUUUGGCUGUAGUACACACCUUCAUACCCAAAUGGAGCUACUACGAUUGGUACUGGUACGUCGCAGACUACGAGAAGACAGAAAUAGAUCCUGAAAGAUACACAUCACCGCUUCCCACGAGAGUAAACGGUACCAGAGAAGAUGUACCAAGUCCAUUGGAAACACCAGAUUUUAGACUGGAGGAGAAACCUUACUACAGGUGGCAAACCCUUCCACCGACUCCUACGCCUGAUGAACUAGCCUUAUUAGUAGGUUACCAGUUCAUAAAAGCUUUUCAUAGAAAUCCUUUGCCUUGGGUGAAAUACGCUACUGAAUGGGGAUGGUUCCAUUGUGUAAGUAGCACUUGGGCCCCAUUAGGCUUGGACCAGGGUAUGAAUAUGCAUCGGGCAGUGGAAGGAAAUAGUUGGGUGUACGAUGGUUUGAUUGUACACGCUUUCAUACCGAAGUGGGCCUACUAUGAUUGGUACUGGUACGUCGCAGACUACGAGAAGACAGACAUAGAUCCUGAGAGAUACACAUCACCACUUCCCAAGCGGGUAAAUGGUACUAGGGAAGAUGUACCAAGUCCGUUGGAUACGCCAGAUUAUAGACUGGAGGAAAAGCCUUACUACAGAUACCAUGAUGUUCAAGAAAUUGAGGGUUUUGGCCACGUGUGCUGUGCUGACGAGAAGACAUGUACUAACUACAGCUACGUCAACGGAGUUGAUAUUGAGGAAAAGAAGACAUUUUCUACUGAGUGGGGAUGGUUUCAUUGUGUAAGUAGCACUUGGGCCCCAUUAGGCUUAGACCAGGGUAUGAAUAUGCAUCGGACAUUCGAAGGAUCAAGUUGGUUGUACGAUGGUUUGAUUGGUAUGAAUUCAUUGUCAAUGAAACUAAGAACGAUAGACAUGGUACAUUACUUUAUCGUUUUAGAUACACAUUCAGUGUUAGAAUUCUUUUACGAUUCUUACAUGGGUUAUCAUAAAUGGGAAUUUCUUGACUAUAGAUUUGAGGACACGAAGGGUUGGACGUUGGAGUGUAAAAAUCCGGAGAACCUAUAUUGGAAUUGGGAGUUUGGCGAACCGUUAUUGGAAUUAGGCAGUGAUUUGCCUAAUUACUGA